ACCACUCCUCUGCCAGGAAGAGAAGAGCACAACGGGACCGGACCGAGGGAGGGCACACACGUUCACCCCCACACAGUCACUCCCAUAGAGAACCAUCGGCCAGGUCAACGAGUAGAGGUCAGAAGAAGCUGGUGUGGGACGGGGGCGGAUGCGCCCCCUCUGGCUGGGGACCGUCGGGAGCGCUGAGCCCAGGAGGAGGGGGAGGAGGAGCGGGAGGAAGAGGGGGAGAGCCCCGGAGCCCCGGUUCCUCCUUAGGCUGAACCUGUCUUUCAAUGACCAUGGGGGAGUGGACCAUUCUGGAGCGGCUGCUCGAGGCUGCUGUCCAGCAACAUUCUACCAUGAUUGGGAGGAUCCUGCUGACCGUAGUAGUGAUCUUCCGUAUUUUGAUAGUAGGUAUAGUGGGUGAAAAAGUCUAUGAGGACGAGCAGAUAAUGUUCAUCUGCAACACUAUGCAGCCGGGCUGCAACCAGGCCUGCUACGACAAGGCCUUCCCCAUAUCCCACAUCCGCUUCUGGGUCUUCCAGAUCAUCUUGGUGUGUACGCCCAGCCUAUGCUUCAUCACCUACUCUGUGCACCAGUCCGCCAAGCAGCGUGACCGCAGUUACUCCAUGCUACACCCCUACAUAGACCAUGGUCAUGCAAGUCACCACAGUCGCGGAGGCGACCACCACGCCCGCAAGCUGCGCAACAUCAACGGUAUCCUGGUGCAGAACCCCGACAGCGGCAAGGAGGAGCAGGACCUGGAGGUCAAGGAGAUCCCAAAUGUACCCCGGGGGCUCACGCAGGCCAAGAGCGCCAAGGUGCGGCGGCAGGAGGGCAUCUCCCGCUUCUACGUCAUCCAGGUGGUGUUCCGUAACGUGCUGGAGAUCGGCUUCCUGGCAGGCCAGUACUUCCUGUAUGGCUUCAACGUGCCAGGGAUGUUUGAGUGUGACCGUUACCCCUGCGUGAAGGAGGUGGAGUGUUACGUGUCACGCCCCACAGAGAAGACAGUGUUCCUGAUCUUCAUGUUUGCGGUGAGCGGCAUUUGUGUGCUGCUCAACCUGGCCGAGCUCAACCACCUGGGCUGGAGGAAGAUCAAGACGGCCGUCAGGGGUGUUCAGGCCCGCAGGAAGUCCAUCUGUGAGGUGCGUAAGAAGGACGUGUCGCAUGUGUCCCAGGCCCCCAACCUGGGCAGGACCCAGUCCAGUGAGUCAGCCUAUGUCUGACAGAGGCUCCUCCACAUGGGGGACCUGGACCUCUGGACCGAGCACAGAUUUCUCUGGGGAGGACGAACACUCAAUCCAGCUCCCCCCACCCUGAGGGGCACUAACUUUACACUGCAACAUUAUUCAGGGGUGCAGAGGGACUUCACAUGGCCAUACUGGAGGAUUAUUGGAGAGAAGAGCUUUUUGGACUCUACAGGAGAGAGAAAGUACCUAAAUGGCAGUUGAGGUACUAACUAAAGUUAGAUUUAAACUGUUGGGAGUGUUGUGCCUUCCAAGAGAACACACUGGAUAAAGAGAAGAUGGAACUAAUUACUGUAAGAAUAUGAAUUAAGGAUAGUUCAAAUUAAGAAAUAAGUCUCACAUAAAUAUAUUAUCUUUGCCUUUGUGAGAGGUCAAACAUUGUCCCUUCAUUUAUUUAAGUAUGUGUGCAUAUGCAAGAACGUAUGUGUGAGCAUGCAUGCGCAUGUGUGUGUGUGUGUGUGUGUGCGCAAGAGAUAAGGCAGUGUGUAUGUCCUUUGUUCUGCAGAGUCAGAGCAGAGACGAUGGGUGAAGUUGAGUUGCUGAGGGAAUGAAAACAUUCCUCCUUUCCGUUAUUUUCCUUCCCUGCGGCAGAUCCACUAUAAGGAGGAGCCAAGCAGAGGAGAUGCACCUUUUAUCAUCCCCUUAGAAACCCAGAAAAGAAGGCUUUAAAAUGUUUUCAAAAAUCAACACCAAAACUACACCUCAGCACAAACUGGAACCCCUGUCCACGUCCUGUCCACGUCCCCGUCCCCGUCCUGUCCCCGUCCCCGUCCACGUCCCCGUCCUGUCCCGUACCUGUCCUGUCCCGUACCCGUCCUGUCCCCGUCCCCGUCCUGUCCCGUACCCGUCCUGUCCCCGUCCCCGUCCCCGUCCUGUCCCCGUCCCCGUCCUGUCCCGUACCCGUCCCCCUCCCCGUCCACGUCCCCGUCCUGUCCACGCCCCCGUCCCCGUCCCCG